UUGGUGUACCCCCCCCACGCCACUGCUCCCAACGUCGCUACGCCCCCACACCACUGCUCCCUACGCCACUGCUCUCAACUCCGCUGCUCCCCACGCCGCUGCUCCCUACACCACUGCUCCCUACGCCACUGCUCUACCCACCAACGCCACUGCUCCUCACGCCAUUGCUCCCAACGUCGCUGCUCCCCACUCCGCUGCUCCUCACGCCGCUGCUCCCUACUCCGCUGCUCCCCACGCCGUUGCUCCCCAAGCCACUGCUCCCUACGCCACUGCCCUCAACUUCACUGCUCCCAAUGCCACUGCUCCCCACACCACUACUCCCCACACCACUACUCCCCACACCACUACUCCCCACACCACUACUCCCAACGUCACUGCUCCCAACGCCCCUGCUCCCUACGCCAUUGCUCCCUACGCCACUGCUUCUCACGCCACUGCUCCCCACGCUAUGCUCCCAACGCCACUGCUCCCCACGCCGCUGCUCUCCACGCCACUGCUCCCCACGCCACUGCUCCCAAAGCUACUGCUCCCUACGUCACUGUUCCCCACGCUGGUGUUCCCCACGCCACUGCUCCCUACGCCACUGCUCCUCACGCCAUUUCUCCCAACGUCGCUGCUCCCCACUCCGCUGCUCCCCACGCCGCUGCUCCCUACUCCGCUGCUCCCCACGCCGUUGCUCCCCACGCCACUGCUCCCUACGCCACUGCCCUCAACUUCACUGCUCCCAAUGCCGCUGCUCCCCACACCACUACUCCCAACGUCACUGCUCCCAACGCCCCUGCUCCCUACGCCAUUGCUCCCUACGCCACUGCUUCUCACGCCACUACUCCUCACGCUAUGCUCCCAACGCCACUGCUCCCCACGCCGCUGCUCCCCACGCCACUGCUCCCCACGCCACUGCUCCCCACGCCACUGCUCGCUACGCCGCUGCUCCCCACAUCACUGCUCCCAACUCCACUGCUCCCCAAGCCAUUGCUCCCUACGUCACUGUUCCCCACGCUGGUGUUCCCCACGCCACUGCUCCCUACGCCACUGCUCCCCACGCCACUGCUCCCAACGUCGCUGCUCUCAACUCCACUGCUCCCAAUGCCACUGCUCCUCACGCCGCUGCUCCCCACGCCGCUGCUCCCUACACCACGGCUCCCUACGCCACUGUUCUCAACUCCACUGCCUCCAACGCCACCGCUCCUUGCGCCACUGCUCCUCACGCCACUGCUCCCCACGACGCUGCUCCACACGCCACUGCUCCCCACGCCGCUGCUCCCCACGCCACUGCCCCUACGCCACUGCCCUCAACUUCACUGCUCCCAAUGCCACUGCUCCCCACACCACUGCUCCCAACGACACUGCUCCCGACUCCACUGCUCCCAACGCCACUGCUCCCCACGCCACUGCCCCUACACCACUGCCCUCAACUUCACUGCUCCCAAUGCCACUGCUCCCCACGCCACUGCUCCCAAUGCCCCUAGUCCCACGCCACUGCUCCCCCACGCCACUGCCCCUACACCACUGCCCUCAACUUCACUGCUCCCAAUGCCACUGCUCCCCACGCCACUGCUCCCAACGACACUGCUCCCAAUGCCCCUAGUCCCUACGCCACUGCUCCCCACACCACUGCCCCUACGCCACUGCCCUCAACUUCACUGCUCCCAAUGCCACUGCUCCCCACGCCACUGCUCCCAACGACACUGCUCCCAAUGCCCCUAG